CUAGUGGACGGUUCUUCAUAAACAGUUCGUCAAACACCUCGGUAGCUUGCUAGCCAACAUAGCCGAAAUAUUCCGGCUGUUUAUACGCUUUCGGCGUAUAUUAGCUAAUGUGUUUUAGACACACUUCUGUCGUAUCUACUUGUUAACCUAUUUAAUUUAAUAUUACGUAAUCUUUUAUUAGUCAGCUAUAGUAGCUGGCUGGGUAAGUUAGCACUAGCAUGGUCACUAAUGAUCCCCGAACAUGAGCUCCCUAAACUUCUCCCCUCCUGUUAAAGAAGAGGAAGUCUGCUGGACGGAGGAAGAGGGUCUGUGGCUGAACGUUGUGGUGAAAGAGGAGGAAGAGGAUGUCAAAAUACAAAAACAAGUAGAGGGUGAGGCUGUUACAGUGAAAGAAGAAGAGAAAGACUCGUUCAGAGUGAAAGAGGAGGAUGUUACAGUCAAAGAAGAGGAGGAAGAGAAAGAGGAGGACACCGUUUUUGGAGUGAAGAAGGAAGGGGAGAUUACUAUCACAUUGAAAGACGAAGAUGAAGAGGAGGAGAUCGGAUAUCUGAUAAACACCAGACAAUGACCCAAUACACCUCCAGGCUGUGUAAGGGCUAUUUGACCAAAAAUGAGAGUGAUGGAGUGCUGCAUCAGAUGACCUGGCCUCCACAAUCACCCAACCUCAACUCAAUUGAGAUGGUUUGGGAUUAAUUGGACCGCAGAGUGAAGGAAAAGCAGACAACGAGUGCUCAGCAUAUGUGGGAACUCCUUCAAGACUGUUUGAAAAGCAUUCCAGGUGAAGCUGGUUGAGAGAAUGCCAAGAGUGUGCAAAUUUGUCAUCAAGACGAAGGGUGGCUACAAAUAUAUUUUGAUUUGUUUACCACUUUUUUGGUUACUACAUGAUUCCAUAUGUGUUAUUUCAUUGUCAUGUCUUCACUAUUAUUCUACAAUGUAGAAAAUAGUACAAAUAAAUAAAAACCCUUGAAUGAGCAGGUAUGUCUGUAACCGAUGUGAAAUGGCUAGCUAGUUAGCCGUGGUGCGCGCUAAUAGCGUUUCAAUCGGUGACUUCACUCGCUAAACUGUUACAUUGAUGCUGUUGACCCAGAUCACUGGUUGCUGCGGAAAAGGAGGUCAAAAGGGGGGUGAGUGUUAAAGAUGUGAUAUGGCUAGCUAGUUUGCGGUUCUGCGCGCUAAAAGCUGUUCAAUCGGUGACGUCACUUGCUCUGAGACCUUGAAAUAGUGGUUCCCCUUGCUCUGAAAGGGCCGUGGCUUUUGUGGAGCGAUGGGUAACGAUGCUUCGUGGGUGAAUGUUGCUGAUGUGUGCAGAGGGUCCCUGGUUCGAGCCCGGACGGGCGAGGGGACAGAAGCUAUACUCUUACAUUUCCAAACUUUUGACUGGUACUGUAUAGCUCAUUUCAUGUUUUUACAUUCAGUUACAAAAAGUAACUUUCUUACCACUUCUUCCAUAGUCAAACAUGUAAGGAAAGAUUGUUUUUAAAUCAAAAGGGAUGCUGUAAAAAAUGUUUUGAAUUCAAAUGGAUUUACCCAGCCUACAAGGCACUACAGCCACUCUGUGAUGACCAGUUCUGCUCUUUUAUUGAGGGAUAUAGUCUAGAUUACACCUCAUAGGAAGAUACUAGAUACUGUUUGUCUUUGGCAGGAGAGAGACCAGACUCUCACUCUGACAGCAGGAAGAGUCCUUCAGGGAAACCAGACCCAGAGACACCCAAACCAGCGAGACAACACCACUGCUCCCAUUGUGAAAAGAGUUUUCGCUGGUUAGGGAACCUAAAACGCCAUGAGAGGAGACACACAGGAGAAAAGCCAUACCACCGCUUCCAAUGUGAAAAGAGAUUUUCCAGAUCAGGGGACUUAAAAGCUCAUGAGUGAAUAGACACAGAGCCUAAUGUGAGUUUUCUUGAGUAGCACUCCUGAUCUUGCACUGAUAGUGCGCUCUAAUAUUCAGAAUACAUUGUGAAAAUCUAAAAUCUUCGCUCACAAUUUUUGCUCCAGGCAGAUAUACUACAUCCAUAACUAGCGGUUUCCUCAUCAGGAGGGAGGUGUUUCUGCCAAUCAAAUUGUGUGCGCAUCGCCCUCGUGCUGCAAUUUUAGCAAACACAGAAAGGGGCCGAUAUUGGAGACCAAAAGUCGUCUGGCACAGUGCUUAGGAUUUCAACAACUUGAAUAACUUAUUUCUGGCCUACAAUCAUCGAUGUUAUUACUAAUGUGAAAACAAGACAAACUAGAACUUUCUCACUUGACUGUCUUAAGACAAUUGUCAAAUAAUUUUAACAUUCAUUACAGACAUCAAUUGUUGUACAACAUCAUGGCUACACUGUUGGCAUCACCUUUUACUAUGGAUUUCCGCUGUUGUGGGCCUUUAACCAUCUGCCUGACUCUGUUCACACAGGAAAGAGAAGUGUCUAUCUUGGAUCCUCUGGGGAGCCUCAACAACUUCAUGAUGCUGAUGAGGCAGAGAAAGGUCUCUCCAGAUCUGAACUCCUCAAGAAGCACCAGCAGAGACCCACAGGGAAAAAAUCUCACUGCUGCUCUGACUGUGGGAAGAGAUUCACCUCCUCAGCAGGCAUUACAAUUCAUCAAAGAAUCCACACAGGAGAGAAACCUUAUAGCUGUGAUCAAUGUGGGAAGAGAUAUCUUACAUGUAGCAGUCUAACUAAACACCAGAGAACACACACAGGAGAGAAACUUUUUAGCUGCUCUGACUGUGGAAAGAGUUUUGUUUCUUCAGGAUGUUUAGAAUCACACCAGAGAACACACACAGGAGAGAAACCUUAUAGAUGUGAUCAAUGUGGGAAGAGUUUUGUUACGUCUAGUAGUCUGACUAAACACCAGAGAACACACACAGGAGAGAAACCGUAUAACUGUAAACAAUGUGGGAAGACUUUUAGUCAGUCAUUCAGCCUGAUAUCACACCAGAGAACACACACCGGAGAGAAACCUUAUAGCUGUGAUCAAUGUGGGAAGAGUUUUGUUACUUCUAGCAGUCUGACUAUACACCAGAGAACACACACAGGAGAGAAACCUUAUAGCUGUGAUCAAUGUGACAAGAGAUACUCUAGUAAAAGAUCUCUGAUCAAACAUCAGAAAAAACAUACAUGAAGGAGUUGUUUCACGAUAUCAAUUAAAUAAAAUCUCAAAAUGUAGAAUGUUUUAACAUUGUAGUAGGAGUAUUUUAAUGAAGUCACAAUGUAGAACCCUAAACGUUUGCCCCCUGUUCAAUUGAUUUCAGUGUGAUAUGGAUAUUAGCCUCGGGAAAAAUCCAGGCUCUGAAAUGGAAGAGUACUAUUUGUGGUCUAACAAAAAGUGUCUAACAAAAAAAAGAGUUGUGUUGCACUUACCGCGUUGGCGACCCACUUGAAUCAAUAUGUAGCUAGCUGUUUUCUACAAGUUGUCUUCUAACCAGUGAUGUACACAUUAUUCCCAGAUUCCGUGUGGUUUUUGAGCUGUUAGUUUGAUGAGUGAUGACAAAUAAGUGUUCCAUCUCUCCAAAAUGUAGCUGACUGUCUUCUGCAGGUUGUCCUCUAACCAGUGAGGUAACAGGUAACUCUAAUUUCCAAGUUUUUUUUGUUUGUGUUAGUUUCAACAGCCCAUACAACCUGAUUUCCCCACUAAUCGAAAUCAGUGAUUUAUUGCUACUUGUCAAAACAAGUGUUUCUGGUGCUUGUGCAGUUUAUAAGGUGCUUGUUUAAUAAAUAAAAGUAAUAUGGUUAUUGUG